AUGAACGGUGUCUCAAAAAAGAAUUACAAAGGAAAUCACAAGGGUGAGACCAAGUUUGGCAAAUGUUUAUCAUGUGGAAAACUUCAUUCUCGUAAUUCAUGUGCAUAUCAUGAUGCUAAAUGUUUUAGAUGUGCUACUGUUCAUUUUGCCUCAAGUAGUACUAAAGCUUGUAAUUUAGAUUCCAAUAAUUUAGCUGAUCCUAAUGAUCAUUUAUCUUUGUCUACCAUUUCGAAAGGUAAUGCUCAUAUUCAAAAGCGACUACAUACAUCGCUUGGUUCAUUUCAUGACUUUAUUGUGGACAUAGGCAGUAUAGAGUCCAUUAUUUCAUUCAAGAAUUUGAAAUUGUUAGAUCCGAACGCUGUAGUUCGACCCACUGAAGUAUCAAUAUUGGGCGAAACAGGACUGUCAAUACUGGGUUUAAAGAAUUUGAAAAGACUUAAAGUGGAGUUGUCUUUCCUAGUUUCUAAAGAAAAUUCUGAUGCUUUACUUGAAGAUUUGAUAGCCACGUGUGCUAAGUGCAAUGGAGGUAUGAAAACGGUUCAGCACAGGAGUGCCAAGCAAAUUCAAAAUGUUGACUACAUUUCUCGACAGUCAUUACAAGAUAAACCUGUUAAUACUUCAGACUGUUUGUUGGUGCAACCUUUACCAGUGAAACGUCCAGAUCUCAUUAGAGAAACUCGUAGAAACUUUGGAUGUAUAAUUAAUGCUAUACGGAAAGGUUGGAAUGCUAAUUUGAAACGCAGAUUUCCUAUCUAUUUUUCAAAGCGGGAUGAGCUAUCCACUACUCCUGAUGGUAUUUUGUGUUUAAAUGAUCGUGUUGUUAUUCCUCCUUCAUUGCGUAAAGCUGUCCUGGAAGAUCUUCAUAGUGGACAUUUAGUUGUUGAGAAAAUGAAGUCCUUGGCGAAGCUCACGUGUUGGUGGCCAGAGAUAAAGGCAGAUAUUUGUCGUACAGCAAACAAUUGCGUAAUGUGUCAUAAGCUGAAAAAUCAGCAUUUGAAGUGGACUCCAUGGCCAGUAUCGUCGGAGGCCUGGCAGAGAAUUCAUGCAGACUAUUGUGGUCCGUUUCUUGGCAAAUACUAUGCACUUGUAGUCAUUGAUUCUUUUUCAAAGUGGCCUGAAGUUUUUUUCACAACUUCACCAAAUUCUGACAUCACAAUUCAAGCAUUAAGAAAGGUGUUUAGUCGAGAAGGGGUUCCAAUGGUUUGUCCUGAUGAAAAACAAUCUCAGGGUCAAUCAAAAUUGUGUUCGUUUAACAGUGGUUCCUAUUCUCGUGUAAAUAUGAACGGUGUCUCAAAAAAGAAUUACAAAGGAAAUCACAAGGGUGAGACCAAGUUUGGCAAAUGUUUAUCAUGUGGAAAACUUCAUUCUCGUAAUUCAUGUGCAUAUCAUGAUGCUAAAUGUUUUAGAUGUGCUACUGUUCAUUUUGCCUCAAGUAGUACUAAAGCUUGUAAUUUAGAUUCCAAUAAUUUAGCUGAUCCUAAUGAUCAUUUAUCUUUGUCUACCAUUUCGAAAGGUAAUGCUCAUAUUCAAAAGCGACUACAUACAUCGCUUGGUUCAUUUCAUGACUUUAUUGUGGACAUAGGCAGUAUAGAGUCCAUUAUUUCAUUCAAGAACUUGAAAUCGUUAGAUCCGAACGUUGUGAUAAGACCCACUGAAGUAUCAAUAUUGGGGAUUACUGGACGCAGACUGCCUAUACGAGGAUGUUGUGAAUUGCUAAUGAGAGAUGAUAAUUCCUCAUACAUACCUUGUUAA